CUGUCAUUGAACAGAGUGCCAAUUCAAGCCACCUAGUGGGGGAUGUCCUUCUGCUGUACGGUGUUUAUCGAAUUGCAAAAAGUGCCUGAGGGGUUAUGCUCCUAGAAGGUGGGGAUGUCACUUUAAACCUAGCACUCAAAGCUAUGAAUGCCUUUGCUCCAGAAGCUAAGUUCGACACCUAGUGAGCAUGGCCAAAAGAAAGCUCGCUGCGCUGCAUGAAGGUCUCUUCUAUUCUAUACAAAAGAGCAUUUUUAUGCCAAUGAACAAUUGCUGGGUUUUCCUUGCACAUCCUACUGAUGCUCAUGCUCUGAGUUCUCCUAUUUUGGAUUGCAGGGAUCUUCUACGGCGGAUUCCACACGGGGAGGUUGUCCGUGUUGUUCGCCAAAUGGCCAGAAUGGGACAUGCUCUUUCUCAGGAUUUUGCGGUGUUUCCUUUUUGUCCCACGAGCAAGAAAGUUCUCUAUUUUGGAUCUAAUGGUGUUACUUGGAUGUGUUUUUAUGGUUUAGACUGGGUUUGGACCCAAUCCAUGAUACCUUGAUUUUAAUGAAUUACGGACUAAAUAUGUUCACAAUUGAAAGGUCAAGGACUAAAAUUGAAAUUUAACCGUCUCCUGAUGCCUACCAAUUAUGUUACUCUGUAUGAGUGCACCAUGCUUCGCAGUUUUUGUUAAAAUAUUCUUGACCAACGGAGAAACAGAAAGCCAUUUUAUGCUUUUUAACAGUGUUAAUUAAGGAUGUAGUAUUUGCUCUGCUUGCUGGUUGUAGGGAGGUAUUUGGCUUGAUUUUUCUCACCAUGUUAGGCGAUUAAAAUUUGAAAGAAUCG